AUGGUGCUGAAAAAGAUAGAAGAGAAUGCCGUCAAAACUAAUUCCCCAGUUUCAUCGUCAAAUGACGACAAGGAGAAGCACGUGGUGAUGAAGAUCAGUUGGUACUCGACGGCGUGGAGCCAUGCAAGGCCGUACCUGGCGAUGGUUCUGCUGCAGUUUGGGUACGCGGCAAUGUCAAUAAUCACCAAGCUGGCUCUGAACAAGGGCAUGAGCCAGCAUGUCUUGGUGGUCUACAGGCAUGCCGUCGCCACUGCUCUCAUUGCUCCCUUCGCCUUCAUCUUCGACAGGAAUUCUCGGCCAAAGAUGACGCGGGGAACCUUGCUCAAGAUAGCUCUGCUUGGAUUGCUAGAACCGACGAUCGACCAGAAUUUGUAUUACACGGGGAUGAAGUUGACCACGGCAACUUUCGCCACAUCCAUGAAGAACAUUCUGCCAGCCUUCACUUUCAUCCUGGCUUUGGCUUUCAGGCUAGAGAAGAUCAAACUAAAGAAAGCACAGAGCCAGGCUAAGAUUUGGGGAACCGUUGUGACCCUCGCCGGAGCAAUGGUCAUGACUUGGUUCGAAGGAGCUAGGCUUAACCUGCCAUGGCCGCAAGGCUAUUAUCAAGGUUCAACAAAUUCGAUUGCUACUACUGAUCAUGCUGCUCAAGAUGAUCCUGUGAAAGGCGGCCUUAUGAUUGCUGCUGGCUGCCUCUCUUGGGCUGCUUUCAUCAUCCUUCAGGCAAUCACGUUGAAGUCGUACCCAGCUGAGCUAUCGUUGACGGCAAUGAUCUGCAUGAUGGGAACGUUGGAGGGCUCGAUUUUGGCGGUUGGGCUUGAAUGGGGAAACCCAUCUGCAUGGGCCAUACACAUGGACAUCAAGUUGCUAGCUUAUGUUUAUACCGGAGUGGUAUGCUCAGGGAUUGGGUAUUAUGUACAAGGAAUGGUGAUGAAGAGGCGUGGUCCAGUUUUCGUGACGGCGUUCAACCCUUUGGGCAUGGUCAUCGUCACAAUUGCCGGCUCCAUCUUCUUGUCGGAGCUCCUCUUCAUGGGAAGGGUGAUUGGUGCCGGGAUGAUACUUGUCGGACUCUAUAUGGUGCUGUGGGGGAAAAGUAGAGACCAGCAGGCCACCGGAAACGGCGACGGCGCCGAUCACGAGCAGCAGUUUAUAAUCGCCGUCGAACUUUCCACGUUAUGA